GUAGUGAAAAUUAGUGAAAAUGCGUCGAAAAGAGCCUGUUCUCACCAGUGGAAGUCGAAGUUUGAUAGCGACGAGAACUUGCCAACAACAGCAACGGAGAUUACAGAGUUCAAAGAGUCAUUUACCACGGAGCUACUCAUCCCCGGCCUCUGAAAUAGAGCAAGACACACACACGAAACAGAACAAGUACAUAAGGAGUUAUUCAUCCCCUGAGCCAAAACCGACCAGUUCAAGACGAAGUUCCAUUUAUAGUACGAGUAGACCCAGGUUACACAGUUCAAGAAGUGAAAUCGACUCUGAUGUUGAAAAUUAUGAACAAUUUGAAGAUGGCUUCUUGGAUAUUGAUGCAGAUGUUGAGAAUCCUUUUCGACAAUUUAAUAUAAGCUGUGAAGUGGAUGAACCCAAGAAAGUUAUUACAACGUUAUUGCCAGGAAGCGGCUUACAAAAAGUUAAGAUCAAACCAGUACAGAGCAGUAAUCAUGCAAAGCAAAUUGGACAUGGAGCUAGAGAUUGUACAAAAACUCAAAAGAGUAAAGGGAUAGCUCGCUUCAAUUUUCGGCCCCUUAUUGUGAAGAUGCCGAGUCAAGCUCUGCCGCUAGAAAGUCAAUCAGCGAGCAUUGAAGAAUUGCAGUCGUCACCACCUUUGGAAGUUGAAGUAGCUGCUAUUGAAAAAGAAAUGAUUGAUGCUGAAUUUUUACUGGACAAGGGGGUAACUAUUGCUAUGGAGGAAAGCGAUAGCGACACGGUACGUUCAGAAGAAUCUCUGCUCUCACCAGAAAAAAGCACAAAGUCUGCUCGAUGGAUACCAGAAUUCGGUUUGGAUGGCAACAACACGUUGAAACACAACGGCAGCACCAAGGACCUGGCUUCCGUCAUGGAGAACUUGAAGAAGACCAGCCUUGUCUCCAGGCAGAACCAAACUCUGAAUACUCAGGUUUCCAGUUCCUCAAAACAACAGAUGGUGUCUAGUGCGACUUCUAGCAGUGCUGCUUCAAGCCAACGCGUGCAGAGUUCGUCCCAACGGGCUAGCUCUAUUAAAUCAGAUUUGACUGAAUUGAAGAGUUCCAUAUCCGAAAUGAAAACCCUAAGCAACACUGCGGCUUUAAAUUUUGGACAAAGAUUGCGUAGCUCGAUGGAGAACAUUGUGGAUCAAGACGAUAUGAACCAGAGGCACAUACCUGAUAUACGUGAUCUCAGUGAAAUGGGCGAUAUCAGCGACAUUGGGGACAUGACCGAUCUCGCCGGUGAUGGUCCUCUCGUUACCUUCCCAGAAUCAGAUACCCCACCGCCUGAUAAACAGUGUCUCUUGGCGCCAACGACUGUAGCUAUAGGCUCAAAUGCAGCAAACGAAUUGAAAUAUAGUGCAGCCCGUAUGACUUCUGCGAGUUCCACCCGCGUAGUCACGGACGGGUUUAGUGCAUCAAAAUCAGCAGCAAAUAGUUCCAGAACGAGGCGGUUGCAGCACGGGGACAUGCAAUAUGCAGAACACAGCGCCGCUGGAGCCUCUCACAGGCUCUUGCAGGCUGAGGGAUUAACAGCUGAACAAAACGCCGCCUAUCUUCAAGAGAAGCGAUCGCUGCAAGCUGGUGAGGUUACAGCGCAAGAAGCGAACAAUAUGUCCGCUUCUAGUUCGAGGCUCCAAACCGAAGCCUUCAGCGCUGAGAAAAAAGCCAUGGCAUCGUCACAGGCCCGACAAACUGUCACAUCAAGUGGCAUGUUCAGUCAUAAAGAGCACUCAUCACAUUCAAAUAUGACCAUUUCUAGCAAAAAUCUCACAACUAAAUCUACUUUACUAUCGUCUCAGAUGAGUCAACUGCUAAACGGAACAAUCAAACCAGGCGAUGAAGAUCUUUCAAAUUUAACAUUCGAAGACUUGGACAAAUUAAAUGCUAACUCUAACGAAAAAGAUGUUGAUUUAGCAAUACAAAAGUAUUCACAUCGAAUGAAUGCAUUUAUAACGGCGAUAAAAAAUAAUCAAAUGGACAUGAAAAACGCCUGUGUACAUUUUAACAAAUUAAAUGAAAUGUUAAGAAGAGCGUGGGCGGUCCCUACGUAUGGACACGAGUUAGGGUAUUCAUUAUGCAACACUUUACGCACUUCUGGUGGCCUCGACAUUCUUAUGGAAAACUGUUUAGAAUCAAAUAACCCUGAUCUACAGUUCUCUUCGGCAAAACUUCUAGAACAAUGCCUUACAACCGAAAACCGAGCGCACGUCGUUGAAAAUGGUCUAGAGAAAGUUGUCAAUGUGGCCUGUGUCUGUACGAAACAUGCACAUGCAGAUCAUUCGAGAAUAGGAACUGGAAUAUUGGAACACUUGUUCAAACAUAGCGAAGGCACGUGUAGUGACGUCAUCAAAUUAGGAGGCUUAGACGCAGUUCUAUUUGAGUGUAGAAAGAACGAUAUAGAAACACUACGUCACUGUGCCACUGCCCUUGCUAACUUGUCCCUAUACGGUGGAGCGGAAAACCAGGAAGCUAUGAUCAAAAGGAAAGUUCCCAUGUGGUUGUUUCCUCUAGCCUUCCAUAACGACGACAAUAUUAAAUACUACGCUUGUCUUGCUAUCGCUGUUUUGGUCGCUAAUAAGGAAAUAGAAGCAGCUGUGCUGAAAUCCGGUACAUUGGAUUUAGUAGAGCCAUUCGUAACUACACACAAUCCUUCUGAAUUCGCACGUUCAAACCUAGCUCAUGCGCACGGUCAGAGUAAGAACUGGUUGCAAAGGCUAGUUCCAGUAUUGAGUUCGAAAAGAGAGGAAGCGAGAAAUCUGGCUGCCUUCCACUUUUGUAUGGAGGCGGGGAUUAAGAAGCAGCAGGGAAACACUGAGAUAUUUAGGGAAAUAGGUGCAAUAGAGUCAUUGAAGAAAGUAGCCAGCUGUCCUAACGCUGUCGCAUCCAAAUACGCUGCGCAAGCAUUAAGGCUUAUCGGGGAAGAAGUGCCUCACAAGCUGUCGCAACAGGUACCCCUCUGGUCCAUAGAAGAUGUACGAGAAUGGGUGAAGCAAAUUGGCUUUUCAGAAUAUGCAACGAAUUUCUACGAAAGCAGGGUAGACGGAGAUUUAUUAUUGCAAAUUACAGAAGAGAAUCUUAAAGAAGACAUCGGUUUGCAUAAUGGAAUCAAGCGGAAGAGAUUCACGAGGGAACUGCAGCAGCUGAAGAAAAUGGCUGACUACAGUUCGCGGGACACGGGCAACCUCAACGAGUUCCUGCAAGGCAUCGGCGUGGAGUACACAAUAUACACGUACUCCAUGUUAAACGCGGGCGUCGACAAGGAGUCCAUCCGCGGCUUGAGCGACGAACAGUUGGAGAAGGAGUGCCAUAUUCUCAACAGUAUACAUAGAUUAAGGAUUUUAAACGCUAUUAGAGCAUAUGAAAGCAGACUUCCAAUAAAAGGAGAAGAAAAUUUAGAAAAGAAUUUGGACGUGUUUGUUAGUUACCGAAGAUCCAAUGGUUCCCAAUUAGCCAGCCUAUUAAAAGUCCAUCUCCAAGUUAGAGGGUUCACAGUAUUCAUAGAUGUGGAGAGACUGGAGGCUGGCAAAUUUGACAAUAACCUAUUGCAAAGUAUUAAACAGGCGAAGCAUUUCCUUCUGGUGCUGACCCCUAACGCCUUGGACAGGUGUAAGCAUGAUAAUGAACAGAAGGAUUGGGUGCAUCGGGAGAUAGUGGCAGCGUUACAAUCGCAGUGCAACAUAGUGCCGAUAAUCGACAACUUCGAGUGGCCCGAGCCGGAGGAGCUGCCGGAGGACAUGCGCGCCGUCUGCCACUUCAACGGCGUCCGCUGGAUACACGACUAUCAGGACGCGUGUGUGGAGAAACUGGAAAGUUUCCUCCGCGGCAAGUCGAACCUCGCCACCCGGCUGGACGGGUACCGCGGGCGCGGGGAGCAGACCCCCGGCACGGCCAGCAUCGGCCGCGGCCCGCCCAACUACCAGCGCAUGCAGUCCACCGAGAGCCGCGGCAGCGACAAGAACGACUGACUAGAGCCCUUGCACACCCUGCCGCCUGUCCGGCCGAAACGUAGCCGGCAAUCAUCAGUA